AUGGGAGACACGUCGACCACAACUGAGAAGAAGCUUCCUGCGGUGCCGGAGACAAUACUAAAACGAAGAAAACGGCGUGCAGAGCAAAGAGCUAAACUGAAUGUCAGGAAAGCCAAGCUUGCUUUGAAGGCGAAAAAGAAGAAGCUUGAGAUUUUCAAGCGUGCUGAAAAAUAUGUAAAAGAACACAGACAGCGUGUGCGACAAGAAAUUCAGUUAAAGCGUGAAGCUAGAAAAGCAGGCAAUUUCUAUGUUCCUGAUGAAGCCCGUCUUGCAUUCGUAAUCCGAAUUCGUGGUAUCAACCAAAUGCACCCGCGACCGCGUAAGGUUCUGCAACUCUUCCGUUUACGACAAAUAAACAAUGGCGUUUUUAUCAAACUGAACAAAGCUACUCUUCAAAUGUUGCGUAUUGUGGAGCCGUAUGUUGCAUGGGGAUAUCCAAGUAUGAAAACGGUUCAUGACCUAAUUUAUAAGCGUGGUUACGCGAAAAUUAAUGGUCGACGUAUACCAAUUACGGACAACUCUAUUGUUGAAAGUGCGCUUGGAAAAUGUGAUAUAAUUUGUAUGGAAGACCUUGUGCAUCAUAUCUUCAAUGUGGGUCCCUAUUUCAAGCGUGCUACCAAUUUCCUAUGGCCUUUCAAAUUGAAUAAUCCGUCAGGUGGCUGGACGAAGAAGACAAAUCAUUUCGUUGAAGGUGGUGACUUCGGUAAUCGUGAAGAUCAGAUAAAUGCACUGCUGAAGAAGAUGAUUUGA